AUGGAGUUCCCUCGUGAGAGCCCUGACCUCUCGCGCGAGAGGCUUGUUGGUCAUUCUCGGGCUCUUCAUUCUAUCCUCAGCAGUUCAUCAGACCACCAAGAGCAUCAAAUCAUCGAUGACGACUGUUCUGCCACCGACUCAACGGCUGAUACAAUAUGCGCAACAGAUGACCGUCGCUACCUUUUGGAGACUCAGACUGCAUGUGAUGCCUUCCAUGCCGCCGAAGCGAUGAUGCUGCUAGCUUGCACCCCAACGGAGAACAGACAGCCAGCCGAAGUAUGCCCAGCACACCAUUCUGAGGCCAAGGGCGUUCAGCAUACAACCAGAACAGCGGCACAGGCUAUCUCCGGAUCAAGACAGCCUCGCUUCAGUCACGAUUACCAACAUCAGUACCCUGCAAACACUACCGUCGGAUCUCGUCCAAUACUACGUCCCAACCAACCCAGUAUUGCUUCGUCGAAAUUUCAGAAGCAUGCAAGGGCCAUCGGACGACAAUACUUUCCAUGGACCCCAAUACUUGUGAAGGAUCGUGAGCGAUGCCUUCGUGCGUGUCGGCGGUUCAACCGAUUCUUUGCGGAAGAAAACGUCCCAUCUAAGCUGUCUUCGCUUCUUUUCCGUCCCAUUUUUCAGCCGUCCGAACCGACGCAAAGUCCGCCAUUUCUUGGCGGCAAGAUCGGAAACAACGUUACCGUAGCACCUUAUUUCAUGUGCGAGUACGGAUACAACAUAUGCAUCGGAGACAAUGUGCGCAUAGGCCAAGACUGCACGAUCAACGAUGCGAGCCGCGUCAUCAUCGGAAACAAUUGCGUUCUCGGGCCCCGCGUGAUGAUACUGACAGAGCUACCGACUGAACGCAGGGAUCGGAGAGUAAACCACAGCUCUUGGCAUGUCCAGGGCGUCAGGAUCGAGAAUGACUGCUGGAUAGGAGCAGGGGCCAUUAUUUGCGCUGGUGUGUGUAUAGGAGAGGGCAGCACUGUCCUGGAGGGCACUGUUGUAACGAAGCUACACUGCCCAAGUCGGUACGAUUCAGUAUCCAAUGUGUCAAAUCCGGCAUUUUCGCGGAGGUAA